AUGCAGCAACGCUCCAUCCUCGCCGCCAUCUCCCUGCUCGCCGCAGCAGCCACCACAACCCCCAUCGGGACCCUCGGCAACGUCGCCUCGGUCGCCGGCCCCGUGACCGGCAUCGUCGGGCACGCGCUCCUCAGCUCGCGGGCCGACCCCCCCGCCGGCGCCUUCGUCGCGGGCUCCAGCGGGUCCGAGCACUCCAACGAAGCGAGCGAGGGCUCCGAGAAGCAGGCGCAGGAGGCCGCGGCCGCGGAGCAAAGCGCGCACGCGAACGAGCAGCACGCGGAGGAAGGCAGCCAGGGCGCGCAGAAGCAGGCGCAGGCCGCGGGGUUCGAGGAGCAGCACGCGGGCGAGGUGGCGGGGGCCCAGGGCCAGAAGGCGGGCGAGGAGGGCCACCACGCCACGGAGCACGGCACGCAGGGCAGCAACCAGGGCAGCUACGGCGCCGACCGCAGCGCCAGCAAGAACGGCGUCGCGCACAACAACAAGAGCGGUGCCAAGAGCGGCGACCGCUACUCGACCGACCGCACUGAUGGCUUCCACGCCGGGCAGGAAGGGUCGUACUCCGCCUUCGAGGGAGCCGACGAGGGAAGUCUAGCUGCCGGAGAGGCGUCCAAGAGUGGGUCUUCAAAGAGCCAGGCGGCGGCGGAGGGGUCGAAGAAUGCGGGCGAGCAGAGCAAGGCGGGGAGUGAGAGGACUGCGCAGGCUGCGCAGGCGGCGCAGAGCCAGAACCAGGGGAAGAAGGGGCAGAGUGGGAUUGCUGGAAUUUUGGGUGGCCUUGGUGGUCUUGCUUAGAGGCAAAGCUCGGCCUGCCACACCAACCUACUGGGUCCCCUUCCUUGGCCCCUUAUCAUCGAUGGUACACGAGUCUGUUUUUGAAUUAUUUUGGAGUUAGUCUCUUUGCUGCACGUGGAAGCCAAAGUCUUGGACCUGAUGGCAAUGAUCCCUCUUCCCGCCUUGUUUUAGUCGUUUAGCUAUUAAUUGUUAUUGAGUUCAU